UAUUUCGUGACCUGUAAGCAUCAGUGCUUAAAUUUCCGCGGAAUUCAUCCUUAAGCGUUGGAAACAGUCCGUGGAAUUAUCACUUUUACCAUUCUAUUUUGCCAUUGGGCUAUGAGAAUGCCUUACAGCUGAUGUGUGGGGGAGAACUGCGCGUGUUUUAUUUUACGAAGAUGACGGCUUUAGACGGUCCUAGGGCAAUGAUGUAAUGCAAUGGAGUCAAAAGUUACCUAGACUUUUCUCCAAGAUAUUCAGAAUGGUUUUCGGUUUUCAUGCUGCUUAGGAAAUGUCUUCUGUGAAAGUGGCUGUUCGAGUUCGGCCGUUUGCGAGCCGAGAAAACAAUCGAAGCUGCAAAUGUAUAAUUGGGAUGCACGGACCUACCACAACUAUCCUAAAUCCUAGAAACUUGAGUGAAAAGCCCAAGAGUUUUAACUUUGAUUACUCAUACUGGUCUCAUGAUGAAAAUGAUGCCCACUUUGCAUCCCAAAAGCAAGUGUAUGCGGACAUUGGUAAAGAGAUGUUGGCACAUGCAUUUGAGGGAUACAACAUCUGCAUAUUUGCAUAUGGCCAGACAGGCUCUGGAAAGUCUUAUACAAUGAUGGGCAAACAGGAGGCUGACCAGAAAGGAAUCAUACCACAGCUUUGUGAAGAGUUGUUCCAAAAGAUUGACAGUGAGAGCAGCGAUGAGUUGAUGUUAUCUGCUGAGGUCAGCUAUCUUGAGAUCUACUGUGAAAGAGUGAGAGAUUUGCUGAGUCCAAAAGCUAAGAACAACUUAAGAGUGAGGGAACAUCCAAUGUUGGGGCCAUAUGUAGAAGACUUGACUAAACUUGCUGUCACUUCAUUUGAGGAUAUAAAUGACCUUAUUGAUGAAGGCAACAAAGCUAGGACAGUUGCUGCAACAAACAUGAACGAAACCAGCAGUAGAUCCCAUGCAAUCUUUAGCAUUGUGUUUACACAGAGGAGGCAUGACUCCUUAACAGACCUAUCAACAGCUAAGGUUAGCAAACUGAGUUUGGUAGAUCUUGCUGGGAGUGAGAGAGCAGAUGCAACAGGGGCUAAAGGGGAGAGACUUAAGUCAUCUCAGAAGAAGAAAAGGAAAUCAGAUUUUAUUCCAUUCAGAGAUUCGGUUCUGACAUGGCUUCUGAGAGAAAAUCUAGGUGGAAACUCAAAGACAGCUAUGAUUGCUGCAAUUAGCCCAGCAGACAUCAAUUUUGAGGAAACAUUGAGUACCCUGAGGUAUGCUGAUCGUGCAAAACAAAUUUUAUGCAAAGCUAUAGUCAAUGAAGAUCCCAAUGCCAAGAUAAUUCGUGAACUAAAGGAAGAAGUGUCCAAACUAAAGGAGCUUCUGGUCAAUGAAGGCUACAAUCCUGAUGAUUUGCAAUCUGUGUUAAGGCAAGGGUCUACGCACUUACCAAGGAGAUACAGUCAAGAAUUCCAUGAUGGAACCCUAGAGAGACUCAAGGCAUCUGAGAAACUGAUAGCUGAACUAAAUGAAACUUGGGAAGAGAAGCUUAGGAAAACAGAAGCCAUUAAGCAAGAGAGAGAGGCAAUGUUAGCUGAAAUGGGUGUGGCCAUCCACACUGAUGGCCAUACAGUUGGACUGUUUCAGCCAAGAAGGAGACCUCAUCUUGUCAAUUUGAAUGAGGAUCCUUUGAUGUCCGAGUGCCUUCUGUACUACAUUAAGGACGGAACUACAAGAGUUGGCCAAGCCAUGGCAAAGAGUCAUCAAGAUAUUCAGCUUAGCGGGGAGAAUAUUCUUGAUGAACAUUGUGUCUUAGAACACACCCAAGGUGUGGUGAAGAUAAUUCCUUGCGAGAACAGCCGUACAUUCGUCAAUGGAAAACUGAUAACAGAAUCCACAGUGUUGAGAUCAGGGGCUCGUAUUAUUCUCGGAAAUAAUCAUGUAUUUAGAUUUAAUUUUCCCGAUCAAGCCCGUGAGGAGCGAAUUCGUCAGUCUCGAGGGAAUCUUCUCGAGGACAUAAAUGGAAAAAGUGAGGGUAAGGUAGAGGAACCCGUGGACUGGUCAUUUGCAGUAUUGGAACUGCUAAGAGAACAGGGUUGGGAUGUUAAAGAGAUGAAUGAAAGGGUGGUUGAGUUAGAGGAGCAAAUCAAGAGAGAAAAAGAUCAAGCGGAUUUACUUUUAGAGCAGCAGAGACUGACCUAUGAAACGCGACUGCAGGAACUUCAGCGGCAGAUGGAUCAGUCGUCAGUACCAUCCAGUGAAUCAGUGGACAGUGACAUAGAUGUCGACAGUUUUGACAGCGAGAGCCCGCUGACCGAACGCGAACUCAACUUAGCGGAAGUGGUGAUUGACAAGUGGAGAUGUUACGUAUGCACAUCACUCAGGGAUGCCUUGUUGAGUCAUGCAGUACUGUUGAAAGAAGCAAACGCCAUCAGCGUAGAGUUGAGGAAGAAGGUGGAAUUCCAAUUCACAUUAUUAACAGACACACUGUAUACUCCCCUUCCAUCGUUUCUUUUGAGUGAUGUCAAACACAAGGAUAACCCCACCGUACUGGCUGUGGAGGUCAAAGACAUGAAACAUGGCGCCUCACACUUCUGGUCGCUUGGAAAGCUACGGGACCGACUGGAAGACAUGCGCUUUUUGUAUGACACCGCCGCAGAAACCAAUAGUAAAAUCUCCUUUGACUCUGCUGAUCCUUUCUACGACUCACUGCCAUGGUUUAGACUGAUUGGGAGAUCGUUUGUAUACCUGAGUAACUUGGUGUUUGGUGUUCCACUGGAGCAAACGGUGCCGAUUGUGAGUGAACUGGGGGACAUACAAGGAAAUCUAUCCAUCAACAUUCAGCAGUGCACUGAUGGUGACACUUGGCAGGUAGACGAAACGGGUCGCUCUUGGGUACUGUGGUUAGAAUUUCCUUCUGAUGAUCACGAACAGAAGAGUGAGAACGAGCAGGAAGUAGAAGAAGCGGUUGAAGCAGACGAGGUGCAGGAACCUCCAUUUUCCAAGGGGACACUUCAUGUCGGCCAGCCUUAUGUGAUUAGCAUCACUGUACAGCAGGCUCAAGGGAUUCCAACUCAAUACACGGAUGUAUUCUGUCAAAUAAGGUUUUUGUGCAGUGAAGAAGAUGAAGGAUUUUCCACGGAGCCCGUUACCAACAAACAAAAUGGCAGUCCUCUGGGUUUCUACUAUAAUCAAAAGAUUGGCGUUGUGGUAACAAGAGAGUUCAUAGACUACAUCAGCACCAGGCCCCUGCAGGUUGAAGUGUUCGGCCACUAUCAGCAUCACCCACAGCAUCAGUCAACUGCGCAACUUCCAAGGGCUAUAGUGAAGGAAGGAGAAUUUAGUUCUAAAUAUCUGAAAGAAUCUUCUCCUGCCGUACCUUUGCCAUAUCAACCUUGUGACGAAGAAGGAACUCUUAAGUUUGAUUUGUUGGUCUGGGUUGAGGUCUUCGAAAUGUCACCGUCUGGAGACUAUUUUCCUUGUGUUGUGAGGCGUAAAAAUGACACUCCUUGUGGUGGAGUGUUCCUUCUUCAUCAGGGAAUUCAAAGGCGUCUUGUUGUUACAAUAAUUCACGAGAACUCUAUGGACAUCAGAAUCAGAAAAGUCACCGAACUUGCUGUGGGUCGUGUACGUACAGCUCUCACCCCUCCCCCUGCUGGGGAAAGUUCAACUCACAACGUUUCACUGAACGUGCUGUCACCCCAAGUCCAGUCCCACCCGGAUGAAAACAGAUGCGUGUUUAGAUUUGAAGCAGCCUGGGACUCGUCACUUCAUAACUCCAUUUUACUGAACAGGGUGACUCCGCCUGGAGAGCUUGUGUUCGUUACCAUAUCUGCGUACCUUGAGCUCGAAAACUGUUGCCAGACUUCAUGUCUCACAAAGGAUAUUCCUGUUUGCGUGUUUGGAAGGGAUUCAAAAACCUCCUCACGGUCUGUUUGGAGUUUGUUCGGUUCUUCGCGACGUCCUGAAAAUGAUAAACUCAGCGAUAUUUUUGAGCUGGUUUUCCAUCCCGCUGAUGAGCACGGCCAAUUAAUGAAGACGAAGAAGAGAGCCGUGAUCGACACUUCGAGUAUUUACGUGAGAGGAGAAGAAAACCUUGGAGAAUGGAAACCGAGAGGGAUAUCACUCCUUGAUGAACAUCAGUCACAUUUAGACAAACUGGAGAGAAUUCAGGAGGUUGGUAAAGCUCGUCACAUCCUGUGCCUUGGUGAGACACUCAUGUCCUCAGACCGUCCCGACAACGUGUUGGUUGAUCCGGGAAUUUUCUCAGCCGGUAGUACAUAUUCAAGCCGGAGUAGCCUGGGUUCUAUUUCAUUAUCUUCCUCGUUUCUAUCAGUUGCGUCACUUCCGGCUGGGAAGCCACUGCGUUUUACAAGAGAUGUCAACCCAGAGCAAGUUAAAGAAACCUUGAUAAAAAAGUGUCUUCGUCUCCUAAUGUGGAGAAAGGACUUGUGUGAAGCUAAGGCUUUGAGUCGAGCUCCUUCGUCAGAGGGCAGUGCAAGUGCAUUAGGAACACAAGAAAAAGAACAAGAAGAUGCAUCGAAAGUGGAGUAUUACGUACCAGAGGUGUUGCUUGUCAGGAAAAACCCGGUGACAAGCAAGCGUGGGUACCUACACAUCAUGGACGACUGCAGCAGUAGAUGGAGCAAAUGUUAUGUAGUUGUUCGGAAACCUUACGUGCUUCUAUAUCGCCAGGAAGGUGACCCGGUUGAACAGUUUCUGAUCAACUUGAAACAUUCUAAAGUGGAGUGCCCAGAAUACUUUGUGUCAUUAAGUGUAUUCUCAAUCCGUACAAGACACUGCAGAUUUCUUGUACGUAAUACAACGGAGAAAGAGGAAGAUGCUUAUGACUGGCUGUAUGCGCUCGAUCCUCUGUUAGUUGGCAGUUUGAGGUCGAGAAAAGGAAGUUCAAAACAUGGACACAAAUGAUGGUGCGCGUGUAAAAGAUUGUGAUGUCUUAAGAAAUUUUCGUUAUUCAUCAAAACUUGGAGAUUUAAUGAUAAACUUCUCAAAAGUCAGGAUGCUGUGUGUAAAGAUAUGCAUGGCAUCUUCGCCACGAGAGGGGCAUGUCAUUUCGUCAAGUGUAGCGUAAAUAACGGAAGUGUUGGUGUUGAAUAGGACGGUUGAGUAACAGCAAAGGGGUCUAGAGUUCAGAAGUUUUUAAUACGUGGUAAAUUUAAUAUAUUAAAUUAGAAUCCUGUAACUAUAUUUAAUACUAGUAAUGGUGUGAAAAAAAUGUCAAUUUGGUAAUGUCCCUAUCCGGGUACCUCUUUCAACCGAAAAGUUUUCAUUUUGAAAAAUACGUUUAUUUGUAACUGGUGCUGAAGACAAAAGUGCAUCUUUUCAUAAUUGUAUCCAUAGAAUGUUCCGUGAAUGGAAUCAAUAGCCUUCGUGGGCUUACAUAUUUAUAUUUUCAAGUUAUAAUUGGCUGGCGGAGAACCGCCGAUAAAUUGAAGGGAUACUUGUGGUUUCUAGAUAAAUAAUAAGGGGCGGGGGGGGGGUUUGUUUAUGGAGAUGCAAAUUGUUUCAUUCAAGCCGGUACUGUGCAUGAACAGUGACGACAAUAACAAUCUUUCUUUGCGCUUUUUAUAUUGAAAAAGUUAGAAAAGUGUUAAAUUAAAUAAAAGAAAAGAUAACUGUUGAAAGGUUCAGUAAAUGAAGGUAUAGGAAAUAAAAUAAAUGUAGUGAUGGCGAAUUA